AUGGAUACCUUCCGCAUCCGCCUCAACUGCGUGGAUCACUACCAAGCUGUCCCUGUUGACGGUCUAGAUCCUCCCGUACCCCUCGGCACCAGUAACGAGAAUGCCAAAGACAGACCUCGAGUGUCGGUCAUCCGCGUCUUUGGCGCAACCCCGACUGGGCAGAAGGUGUUGAUGCAUAUCCAUGGCGCCCUUCAAUAUACCUACAUCGAGUACAGCGGCAGUCUCGUCCCCCAAGAUGUCGAAGUGGCUAUUCGUACGCUGCAGCUCUCCAUCGAUCACGCUCUGGCCGUGAGCUACCGCAAGAAUAUCUACGACGGGAAGCAUCGAUACGUUGCCCACAUCUCCCUGGUGAAGGGCAUCCCAUUCUAUGGCUUCCACGUCGGAUACAAGUUCUACCUCAAGAUAUAUUUGUUGAAUCCACUGCAUAUGACGAGGUUGGCCGAUUUGUUGCGAGAAGGAGCGGUCAUGAAGAGAGUAUUGCAGCCAUACGAAAGCCACAUGCAAUAUCUCGCGCAGUGGAUGUGCGACUACAAUCUUUAUGGGUGCGGCUAUAUCGACUGCGAGAAGGUCAAGUUUCGUGCGCCGGUCCCGCGAUAUGCCGAUAUAACGAAUCCAAUGCAUCAAUGGCACGAUCUUUCGAUACCUUCCGAGGCCAUUUUUGAUAAUGCCCGACUACCUAAACAGAGCCACUGUACGCUCGAGGUGGACGUGCAUGUCAAGGAUAUUUUGAACCGCAAAGACGUCCACGCUCGCACACUGCACCAUGACUUUAUCGAGCGCACUUAUCCCAUAGCGGCAGAUGCCAAGCUAGUGCAGAGCAUGGCUGGGCUCUGGAAAGAUGAGACUCGACGCAGAAAGUUGAGAAUGGGGCUCAAGGAUCCGAACAGCAGCCCGUUCCCUCCUGAAGUUCUGGUAUCUAUGUCAGCAGAUCCUAGAAAUAAGGCUGACGGGGGUUGGAUCCACGAAGAUGAAUUCCGACAGAAGGUGGCCGAGCUCGCAGAGGAAGAGUUGGAGAAAAGUGAUAAGCAGAAGAUUUCUUUCGACACCUUUGUGAAAUCCACGUCCCUCGAAAACACUGUUCGUACGGCCUUAGAGAGUAUCGACGACUUGUAUCCGGAUAGAAUCCGGAUGCUUCAGCCAACAAACCCGACUACCAGUGUCAACGGCAAGAACCCUGCGCAAGAAGAGCACGGACAGGCUGUCCGUGGUCAGACUCGGCCCGACAGUCUCGGAGAUGGCUCAGGUUCAAGUAUGGAUGAAGUCGACCCCGAGGAAGGCUCGUCUGAGCGAUCACCACAGACUGAAGGCCAGAAUGACAAUGACGCUAAAGCUACCGACAGGCCAGUCUUGACGCCGAUCAGCUCCUCUGAAUAUGAACGAUAUGGCAUUCGGCCUGUCAGUGGUAUGGAUCAUUUUGACGAAGAUGCAUUUGAAAUCCCGCCGGAAUAUCUGAACACUCCCACAAAAGUCAUGAAAGCCACCAAGAGGGCACGAUUCGGAGAGGCGCCAACAUUCAAGCCAAGGAAAAGACAGAAACACUUGGUUGACGGCGAGAACAUUUUGCCUGACGUGGGGUAUUGGGAAUCGGAGGAAGAGCCUGAUCCCUCGAGCGAGGAUGACAAGAGCGGAUUAGGCGCCGAGCCGACCGAGGAAGAGAUGCAAAACAUCCCGCUGCCUCAGGCGAUCAUUGAGCGUACUUCGCUCAUGAGCCAACAGCCCAGACCAAAGAACGCGCUUGGAAAUGGACCGACUCUUUCCCAACAGUCGACAUUGUCUUUUCCAACUGUAAAAGAUCCCACCGAUCCUGCUACAGUACUCCGACUAAGCCAGAAAAGCGCUGCUUCGCAAAACACCUCGAAAAGCCCAACCAUUGUCCCACCCAGAUCUCCUGCAACGCUGAAGACGCCCGCAAAGUCUGCGUCCACCACCUUAGGAAAAACCCAACUGCCUCUCACCUUAGGCACAAAUAUCAGGUCUUCCAAUUUACUCGAUACCAGUCUGCAAGGCCUUCCAAAACAGCGAGGAGGGAAUAGUCUGCAAUUGUAUCAGCCUUGCCCGCCACGCUUCAAAGAUGUCGAGUCGACUAUGUGGCAGAAUGGUCUACCGGAUGUGAUCUACCAAGAAGCAUACUACAGUCGCGAAGAAGAUGUCCCAAACCAGUCAAGGGAAUACGCGGGUCGCGAGUUCAAGCUUGAGAGCGCAACGGUGCCGUAUCUACCCGAUUUUGAUCCCACAGGAAUGUCUUCAGCAACAUUUGGUCGGAAACAUCCCUCGCUGCUGGACUCUACUGCGGAAAAGGUCCGGGACAAUCAGAGACGCAAACGCUGCACUAUCCCUGAGUGGGUGAUAGCGGCGACGCCUCCUCGAAAAGUCGAUGUGUUCUCUUGGUUACAAGAAGAAGACAAUGCAAAGGUCGACGGGAAGCUACCGGGCAAUGUCCGAGCGCGGGGCAGAGCUCUUUCACAGAUUGAUGCACCGACGCAGAAGAAUGAGUAUGGCUUCAAAUAUUCUCAGAAGCAGCCCAGCACCAGCGUACAUCAUGAGACGCAGUAUAUGAACGUCAUGAGCUUGGAAGUCCAUGUCAACACUCGAGGCUCUCUUGCUCCAAAUCCGGAUGAAGACGCCAUUGCUUGUAUCUUCUGGUGCGCGCAGGUUGACGAUGACGGUAUUGACACCAGUGCGGGCAAGCCCGGGCUUCAUAUUGGAAUUCUUGCCGUUGCUGGUGAUUCGCAGACAGCCAAAAAGAUUGCUCGCAAUGUCCCGUAUGACGUUGAGGAAGAGUCCACCGAACUUGACCUUCUUACAAGAUUUGUGGACAUCGUGAGACUCUAUGAUCCUGACAUUCUUACCGGCUAUGAAGUGCAUAAUAGUUCAUGGGGAUAUCUUAUUGAAAGAGCACGAGUCAAGUACGACCUCAACUACUGUGAUGAGCUAUCGAGGAUGAAAUCUCAAUCUCAUGGCAGAUUCGGCAAGGAAGACGACCGCUGGGGAUUCAACCACACCUCGACAGUUCGUGUCACAGGUCGACAUACAAUCAAUAUCUGGAGAGCCAUGCGCGGCGAGUUGAACCUACUUGGGUAUACAAUGGAAAACGUUGUCUACCACUUGCUUCACCAAAGGAUACCUCAUUAUAGCUUUGCUGAUUUGACAAAGUGGUACAAAAGCAAAAAUCCUCGCGAUCAAGCCAAGGUCGUCGAGUACUUCAUUUCGCGGGCACAGAUCGACAUAGAGAUUCUUGAAGCCAACGAGUUGAUCCCGAGAACAAGCGAACAGGCCCGGUUGUUGGGGGUUGACUGGUUCUCGGUCAUAUCGCGCGGGUCACAGUUCAAGGUUGAAUCCCUGAUGUUUCGCAUCGCAAAGCCGGAGAACUUCAUACUGGUUUCGCCCAGUCGCAGGCAAGUCGGGGGCCAGAAUGCGUUGGAGUGCUUACCCCUGGUCAUGGAGCCUCAAAGCGACUUCUAUACCAGCCCAUUACUGGUUCUCGACUUCCAAUCUCUCUACCCCAGUGUCAUGAUAGCCUAUAACUAUUGCUACUCGACUUUCCUUGGCCGAGUCGUGGGCUGGCGGGGCGCCAACAAAAUGGGCUUCACAAACUACCGUCGGGAACCCAGACUGCUAGAAUUGCUCAAGGAUUACAUCAACAUCGCGCCAAACGGCAUCUUGUAUGCCAAGCCUGAGAUCCGCAAGUCCCUGCUGGCUAAGAUGCUGAGCGAGAUCCUCGAGACCAGAGUCAUGGUCAAGAGUGGCAUGAAAGUGGACAAGGAUGACAAGACAUUGCAAAGACUGUUGAAUAACAGACAACUUGCCCUCAAGCUUAUCGCUAACGUCACAUACGGAUAUACAUCCGCAUCAUUUUCUGGAAGAAUGCCGUGCUCCGAGAUCGCCGAUAGCAUCGUUCAGACCGGUCGUGAAACGCUUGAAAAGGCCAUUGCUCUUAUUCACUCUGUCGAGCGAUGGGGCGCCGAAGUGGUAUAUGGCGAUACCGACAGUCUCUUCGUCUAUCUCAAAGGCCGAACAAGAGAGCAAGCUUUCGAUAUAGGUGAAGAGAUUGCCGACACAAUUACGAAGAUGAACCCUCGACCGGUCAGGCUGAAGUUCGAGAAGGUCUAUCACCCAUGUGUUUUGCUUGCGAAGAAAAGAUACGUGGGGUUCAAGUACGAAAGUCGAAACCAGACGGUGCCAGACUUUGACGCCAAAGGAAUCGAGACUGUCCGCCGGGACGGCACCCCAGCCGAGCAGAAGAUCGAGGAGACUGCGUUGAAACUACUUUUCCGCACGGCUGACUUAAGUCAGGUCAAAGCUUUUUUCCAGUCUCAAUGUGCCAAAAUUAUGCAGGGCAGAAUCUCGAUCCAAGAUUUCUGUUUCGCUAGAGAAGUCAAGCUCGGGACUUACAGUGAAAAGGGGCCUCCGCCUCCUGGUGCGCUCGUUAGCGCUCGAAAAAUGGUGGAGGAUCCGAGACUGGAGCCUCAAUAUGGAGAACGAGUACCAUAUGUGGUAGUCACUGGUGGACCAGGCGCAAGGUUGAUCGAUCGUUGUGUGGCGCCAGAGGUCUUGCUCAACGACGCGCAUUCGGAGCUCGACGCGGAAUAUUACAUUUCAAAGAACAUCAUCCCACCUCUCGAGCGGAUCUUCAAUCUGGUGGGAGCCAAUGUCCGCCAGUGGUACGACGAAAUGCCGAAAUACCAACGCAUCAGGAGGGUAGAAGCUGGGCUUGGUGCGGAUGGGAAAGUGGGUGUGAGAGCCCAGAAGACUCUGGAGUCAUACAUGAAAUCAUCGUCAUGUCUUGUCUGUCGCGAACGUCUGGACACUCCGGCCCCUUUGUGCAAUAGGUGCUCUCAGCGAGCCGCACAGUCCAUGCUAGAAUUACGUUCAAGGCUCAUGAAAGCAGAGAGAAAAGCGGCACAAUUGGCCAAGAAGACUGCUCUUGCGAAUGAUGAAGCCCAGAUUCUGCCUGUUUUGGAAACACUGGAGAUGGCCAAGUAUGAAGGGCUAGAUUGUCGCUUAGAUGCGAUUGAAGAUGUGCUACGACAGCAUGCAAUGAUCCUCAACUCUCUCCGCCAAAGUCCUCAACAGCCACCCGAGACGGCAUCACCCACACCGACAUUUGCUUACGAGGACAUGCCCUGCAUAAAUACGGGUCAGCCUCGGCGGGAAGAUGCUGUACUGAGAAGGUCUGCAGGCCCGGGAAUCGAUGCGUCGGACGACCCAGCAGAGCAAGCGAGCGAUCAUGUUCCUCCACUAACCAUCCCACUCGGUCACCAAACUAGCACAAGCAAUCUCCUCACACUACCGCAGAUGCGCCCUCUAGUAGGUGACUUUCCAGAGGAGUUUCUCUUCCUGGUAGAAGAAAAUCGACCGAAGUUACAGUGGCUGCAAGGCCUCAGUUCGGCGCAUCACGAGUUGGAGCAAGGCUUUCUCCAGAUUGAUAGAUCAUUCGCGGACACCUGUUUCGACCGAUAUUGGACGCUGGUGCAUCCGUAUCGCCCCAUCUUUGAUCAAGAUGAUCUUGUGUCACAAUAUGAAAGGGCAAUGAAUCAUGGCCUCGAGCAAGAUUCGAGCUCUGCUCUCAUUUUGUCUCUUCUCGCAUUGGGCGCAACUGCUUUGGACCCGAUUGACCCCGCCACUGUCAGACACACCGGCGACGAACUAAUCAGAAAAGCUCUUCGAAUACUCUUUCCUUGCUGGGCUAUGACGUUUAGUGGAGAUCUUGUUCUGUCUCAGGCGCUCAUGCUCUGCGCACUCUACUUUGGCUAUGUGGCCGACCCAUUGAUGGCCUGGAGGCUUGCACAUAUGGCAUCGACAAGCGUCCAGCAAAUGCGCCGACAGCGUUUGUCCAAAGACACCGAUGAGGGUCUUAUCAGGGUCAGUUGGGCCUGCUUCUUGAUCGAGUGGUACGUCUAUCUGCUGAAGCUAUUGCCAAAAACCAGGCGUUGA